UCUACUGUAGUAGCCUACGCGAUAAUUAAGAAGGUAAUAGGAGGCUGUAGGAAGGGUUAUGAACGCCUCGUGUGUUUCAGGGUAGGCUAAUAACAGACCAAUAUUAGGUGUCUAUCAAGUUCUUCCCACCUUCAGUCCCUUUGCUUUCUCUUGCAGUUCCAAAGGCAGAUUCCCUUUCUGCGACCCCAAAAUAACCAGUGCUCCUGCAUCAGUGAAAUUGAACUGAAUCACCAGAACACCGGUUUCAAAGAGUUCUCUCUGCUCCAGGAGGUGACAUCACCGUGGGUGGUGGAGGAGUGCACACGCUGAGCCCUGGCGCAGCGACUCGGCCCCCCCUCCCCCCCCACCAUGACCCUGCAGCCUCGGCGGAUUCGGCUGAAGCCCUGGCUCAUCGCUCAGGUGAACAGCAGGAAGUACCCCGGUCUGCAGUGGCUGGGCUCCGAGCAGAAGCUAUUCCGGAUCCCCUGGCGCCACGCCACCCGCCACCUGCCCAUGCUGGAGGAUGAGAAUACCAUCUUCAAGGCCUGGGCCCUGGAGACAGGGAAGUACCAGGAGGUCGUGGACGAGCCCGACCCGGCCAAGUGGAAGGCCAACCUGCGCUGCGCUCUCAACAAGAGCCGUGAGUUCCGCGUGAAGUUCGAUGGCACCAAGGAGGCGCCCGUCCAGCCGUUUAAGAUUUACGAGGUGUGCGACCAACCGUAUCCAGGAGAUACAGGGGAUGAUGAAGAUGAGGAGCUGCCAAACAUUGUUGGUCUCUCUAUCGACAACAGAAUUGCAGAAGUUCCCGGUUACCCAGUAAUCUCCAUGUACACGGGGGACCGAUCCUUCCUGAACGCUCCCAUCAGUGACAGCUACAGCCCUGCCCCAAUCCCACAGAUGGCCCUGCCACAGGAAGGCCUCCCAGCCAAUCCCAACGGAGGCAUCCCUAUGAUGGACAUUUCGCGUCUUGCCAUGACUUUACCUGAGUUUCAGGGCCCCGUGCCCCUCCCGGGGGAUGUGGGUCAGGUCCAGUUUGGGCACCUCCCUGAGAUGCCCCCGCCCGUCACCGUGGCAGCGGUGGAGGACAGCCUCAUGCCCGAGGCUCAGGCCGAGGGGGGGGGGGCAGCCUGCAUUUACGACCUGCUCAGCAACCCCCACAUGCUGCCCUUGACUGAUCUGGACAUCAGGUUUCAGUACCGCGGCCGAGUGGCCAGAUCGCUGACGGUCAGCAACCCGCAGGGCUGCCGGCUCUACUACGGCCACCUGGCGCCCACCCCGGACCAGGUGGAGCUGUUCGGCCCGGUCAGCCUGCAGCAGGUCCUGUUCCCGGACGCGUUGGACAUCCCCAACGAGAAGCAGCGCUUCUACACCAGCCAGCUGCUGGACGUGAUGGACCGCGGCCUGAUCCUGGAGAUCGAGGGCCAGGACAUCUACGCCCUGCGACUCUGCCAGUGCAAGGUGUUCUGGUCCGGGCCAGGCGUGCCCGAGCAGGCCCCGCCCAAUCCCAUGGAGAGGGAGAAGAGGAUCAGGGUGUUCAGCCUCAACAGCUUCCUGCACGGACUUAUCCUGUUCCAGAAAGGUGAAGCCAUGGCCCCGCCCCCUUUUGAAAUCUACUUCUGUUUCGGAGAAGACUGGCCUGACAAGAGGCCCAAAGAGAAGAAGCUGAUCAUAGUGCAGGUGACCCCUGUGGUUGCACGGAUUUUGACUGAGAUGUUUUCGGGUGAACUCUCCUGGUCGACAGACAGCAUCCGACUGCAGAUCUCCCACCCGGACCUGAAGGACCAGACAGUGGAGCAGUUUAAAGAGCUGCACAGACUGCUGCAGAGGCAGCAGGGCCAGGCUCCGUGGGUCACUGCCCUCCGCUGAGCAGUCCUGCCUCUGCGUUUCAGCCCGUGCUGCCCAGCUAACUGCCUGCUGCUGCCGCCUGUUUUUAAGGACCACCUGUGAGGACAUUAUGCUGUGGAACCCAAGAGCCAAACUGUUAGCAAUGAAAAAAGUCAUCCUCUUCUCAGUGUUUUCUCAUGGGUUCUUGACCUUUUGAGUUUGAAGCCAGAUGUGGAGAUUGUGAUCUCAUCUCCUAAUAAAUGAUGGCAGCAUAAGAAUUAUGGCUGCUGUAGCAAAAUCAAAAUAGUCCUUAUUGUUACAAGUCCUUGGAGGUAACAACUUACCAUUGUAGUUUGUGUAUUCAAAACCAAUGCCAUUAUCACAGAAACCACAUAAAUUAGAGUGAACAAGUUAAAUAUCAACCAUGGUAUCCAUUCUGAUCUCCAGAAUGGGUUACUAUUCUUUUGUAAACCCAGACAUUCACAGUUCUGUCUGGAUGUGCAGUGAGUAAUCCACAGCAAGCUGUAAACAAGAUGUCAGAAACGCACAGUACUUGAAUACGAUUAUGUGGUCCCUACUUUUUAAAUACUCAUCUACAUGACAACUUUACUAGCUAUCAAAUCAAAAAUGUUGGAUUUGCAAUUUCACCUUGAGAAAAUCAAGCAUGGGAAAUUUAUGUUAAUAGUAAAUUGCAGACAAUGGAGAACUUUUCAUGCGACAGUCAAAUGAAUGUUUUCUUCCGUUUCCUUCAGAUUAAAUGGUUGAAUGAGCACUCAAAUUAGACUGCUCCAUUACAUCAAAACACAAGUCACAAACAACACAAGUUAAGUAAAUGUGGCAAUCAGGUUUUUCCAGGACACGCCUAAAUUCACAACUGUAAAAAGGCAAACAGAACAUAUGACUAGGCUGAGCCGUCUG